AUGCUGUUGUUGAUUAUUUUCAUCAUUUACACACCCUCGCUUUUCCAGGCGAUUAUCUACUGGCCCACUGUCGUUGGUCGUGAGGAAAUCCUCCCACUUGCCAAUAAGUUUUUCCCAGAAUACAAUUUAUCCCAGGAGAAAGGAACUCUUGGCGGCAUCACGACUAUCAACGAGUUUGCAUCCAUUUAUGUCAUAAUUCACAUGGCAGUUCCAAUAUUUCCAAUUUAUGUCUGUAUGUUUGUAUUAAGAUAUAAAAUAGUGCAAAAGUUGAUGGAGAAGGCAGAAAUGUUGUCGAAUGACGCGAAAGCUAGUCACAAUCAGAUUUUAAAGUGUCUAAUAAUCCAAGCAUUCAUUCCAUCUCUUCUAAUGAUCGGAGUCGUCUGUUAUAUCGUAUCUCAACUCGGUUUAGUCACUCAUCCAUUCAUUGAAUACCUUAUUUUUGCUUCAAUUUGCACAAUGCCAAUGUUAUCUCCAUUCACUUAUUUGGUCUUCAUUCGCCCAUAUCGGACAUUUUGUAUGAAACUUUUUCACCUGCAACGAAGAACAUUGAACUCUGAUUCAAGUGCAUAUUACUCAACUGCGAGAUCUGUUGGAAUUUAA